CGGAGGAAACGAUUGCUCCCAAAAUGGUCUUUUCACUCAUUGGCGUCCUUUUGGUAUCUAUUGUCUGUUGUAUGGAUCGAGUGAUGGCUCAAGAGUUUGUGUGUGGAAACGUUGACAUCAGGAAUAGUGUUGAGUACUUCAGUAAACUGAAGAACUGUACAGUAGUUGAAGGCUAUGUCCGGAUAGUCCUGAUAGACAACGGAACGCCCAAAGACUACGAGAACCUCACGUUUCCGGCGCUCAGAGAAAUCACAGACUAUUUAUUGCUGUUCCGAGCGAUGGGUUUGCCUUCUUUGGGGAAACUCUUUCCAAACCUGUCUGUCAUUCGGGGGCGCAAUCUCUUCCACGACUUCGCUCUUGUGGUCUACGAAAUGCUUAAUUUACAGCAAUUAGGCCUCCGAUCCCUUACACACAUAGUUAGGGGCGCCGUUCGGGUCGAGAAGAACCCCAAUCUAUGUUUCGUUGAGACCAUCGAUUGGGACAGAAUUGCCAAAAGUGCUAAAAACGGUCAUUACAUUCAUGGAAAUAAAGCUCGAAAGGAGUGCCCGAUCUGUAGUUCGCAGUGUCCGUAUAGCAGCGCCCGAACACUCGAUGGCAAACAGAUCGGCGAUCAAAGCGGAAGACUUUGUUGGAACUCUCAGAACGACUUCUGCCAAAAAUUGUCGUGUCCAAUAGAGUGCGAGCGUCGGAACGUUUCGUGUUCGCGUUCGGGCACCUGUUGUGACAAAAACUGUUUGAGUGGAUGUACUGAUGAUUCGGAGCACAAAUGCUUCGCCUGUCAAAAGUUCUUCUAUAACAAUAAAUGUCAAGAAAAUUGUCCCACAAAUACAUAUGAGUAUUUGGGCCGAAGAUGUAUAUCCAAAGAUGAAUGUCUGGAGAUUUCUGCCAAACAUUACAAUAAGGAUAAAUUUUUGAAACCAAUUAACGGCACGUGUACUGCCGAAUGUCCGCCCGGUUCCACAGAAAACAGUGAACACAAACACUUGUGUGACAGUUGUCACGGCCCGUGUCCUAAGGUCUGUCCGGCAGCGCAGGUGACAAACAUAGCUUCCGCGCAGAGUCUCAGGGGUUGUACUAAAAUCAAUGGCUCUCUUGAGAUAUACAUUCAAAGCGGCGGAGCUAAUGUAAUUCGCGAAUUGGAAGAGAAUUUGCAGCAUUUGGAAGAGAUAACAGGUUUUCUAAAGGUAGCAAGGUCAUUCCCUCUCAUUACACUCAACUUUCUUAAAAAGUUACGUCUCAUUCAUGGCAAUCAAUUGGAGAGAAAUGAAUAUUCUUUGCUGGUUUUGGAUAAUCCAAAUCUUCAGGACUUAUGGAGUUUUGAUAACAACAGCAUAAGUGGCAACGAAAAGCAGUUGACUAUAUUGAAGGGCAAAAUAUUCUUCCAUAUAAACCCUAAAUUGUGUUACAAUAAGAUCGAGAAUAUGUACAACACGUACGCAGACAUCAAACAUCACGCGCCGCCGUGGGAUAACCACGACGUGUCGCCGCAUUCCAACGGUGACAAAGUUGCCUGUGAUGUCAAUGAACUCAAAGUCCACAUCUGGAAAAGGGGUACAGUUAUGGUUGGCAUUCGCUUCCAGAACUUUAAGCACCUGAUGGGUGAUCAGCGCUCACUUCUCGGAUAUCUUAUCUAUUAUAAAGAAUCCCCUUAUAAGAACAUAAGUAUAUACGACGGACGGGACGCGUGUUCGACCAACUUCUGGAAAGUGGACGACUAUGAGGCCAAUGACGCUGAAGACGAUUAUAUCACUCAUAUUAUUCCUCAAUUGAAGCCCUUUACUCAAUACGCGCUUUACAUCAAAACAUAUACGAUUGCAUCGGAGAAAAAGGGCGCUCAGAGUCCUGUCAUCUACUUUAAAACACAAGAAGACACUCCGUCUCAGCCCCGAAAACUGACCGCUCGUUCAGACACUCCAACAGAGAUUUUUAUUGAAUGGGACGAACCGUCGCGUCCUAACGGAGAAGUGACCCAUUAUUUAGUGACUGGAACUCCGAAUUCACGAGAACUCGAUUCUCUAAAUGAGAGGAACUAUUGUACAGAACCCAUAACACACGAUACGCCCAAAAAGAUUGUGGACGACCCGCCACUCGACAACAACUGCACACAAGUCCAUAACCCAUGGCUUAUGAAAAAUAAAUCAAACUCUGAUUCGGAGUCAGAAGAGUGCUGUUCGUGUCGGCCCUCACUUAUGGACGACACGGAUGUUGAACGAAGAAUCAGUUUUGAAGAUCAUCUCAUUAACACUAUUUAUAUUAAAAAAGAGGAUUUUGACAAAUCUGUUAAGAGAAGGAGAAGGAGACGUGAAAUAGCCAAAAGUGAGAGCAAUCUUUUACUUGGCUUUUCAACUGAAAACAAUGUGAAUGUGACCACAGAAGAGACCACCACUACUACAGCGAACCCUCAUUUUCAACAGAGAGUUGGUGUCAAAAAUGUGCGAAUCCCUGAUUUGACACAUUUUACAGAAUACACAAUAGAAGUGCGCGCGUGUCAGGACAAGAAACCCAAUGACACGCGUGCGGACCCGCAAUUGUGUAGUCUUAAAGCCAUGACUUCUGUCCGAACUCUACCUCUCGACGGCGCCGACGAUAUCGAUGAGUUGUUUGUUACUAGUUUCAGUGAUAACAACACUGAAUCUCAAUUGAUUCACUUAAAGUGGGAUCAGCCCACGGCUCCCAAUGGUUAUAUCGUUUCCUAUCAUAUCGAGUACAAGAAAGUGUCCUCAGAAUCGGCCUAUACGAUUCCAGUUUGUAUAACCAGAGAUCAAUACUUACGACUUUCUGGUUAUGUAUUACAAGAUCUAUCGCCCGGUAAUUAUUCAUUCCGAUUAAGGGCUCAUUCAUUGGCGUCUUGGAGUAAUUGGACGAAACCCGUCUAUUUCUUCGUCGAAGAUAAACUGCCUCCAUAUCCUCUACUAAUAUACAUUGUAAUACCGGUGGCGGCGUUGGUCUGCGUUUCGUUUAUCAUUAUGACCGGUGUUUUGUAUUUGAAAUACAAGAAAAAUCAAGCCGUUCUCGACUACGUGUCUGUCAAUCCGGAGUACAUUAGCGCCGGACUCGGUAUGACUCCUGAGAACGAAGCCAUGACUUUAAGUGAGACGGAGGACGAGAACUACGAUAUCGACACAAUCGAUGAAUAUUCAAACGCUCAACACUUACUGAGAGACGUGUCGGUCGAUAACCAUAACAAUCAACGGAAUCACAACAACACUAAUAGCAAUACAAACAGUAAACAGUCGUCGGACGGAAGCAAAGGCAGCAAAAUCAGUAGCACGACGUCCAACGGCAGUAUAGCUAAUGGCAAUGUCUUACACUAUAAGACCACCACUUGU